AUGACUAUAAGCCCUCUAGAGAUUGAUCAAUUUGCUUGGCAGAAGUUGGGAAACAAGCCUGGAAUUAAGGUUAUAACGAAUCAAGGAGUUCAUCAUCGUUUUGGAGGGUUGAAAGAAAGUGAUUUUGAUAAAAUUUCAAAUUUUGUUUCUUCAAAGCUGGACUCGUCUUUGAAGAGGAAUGACCUUUCAUUGAAAGGGUGGAAUUAUGGAGAGACUGAAUUUGAAGGACAGAAUUUAAUUUUCAAUAUUGGCGAGAAAAUAGCCUUUGAAGUUCCUCUGUCUAAUGUAAUGCGUUGUGUUGGAAGCAAGUCUGAGGCUAUUGUUGAAUUUAUUGCAAAUGAGGAAUCUCCUGUUCAACUUACAGAAAUGCGUUUUCACAUUCCACAAGAUCCAGAAAAUGAGGAUCAGGAUAUUGUUGAGGAAUUCCGAAAAGAAGUAAUGAGAUUUGCCGAGGUCGAAAGCGAGAAAGACCAAGCAAUUGUUACACUUCCAGAUAUUUUAUUGGCAACACCUCGUGGACGUUAUGAAAUCAAAGUCUUUCCAAAUCAUCUUUCUUUCCACGGAAAAUCUUACGACUACAAAAUACCUCUAAAAACAAUUAUGAGAAUGUUUUUACUUUCACACAAAGAUGGAAGGCAUAUGUAUUUUGUUUUGCACAUAAAUCCGCCAAUUCGACAGGGACAGACUAGAUAUCCUUUUCUUGUUUUGGAAUUUUCAAAGGAGGAUCAUAUUGAACUUGAUUUGUGUUUGACAGAAGAACAACUUGCCCAACAGUACCAGAACAAAUUGGAUAUGCACAUGCGUGGAUAUCUUUAUGAAAUAAUUGCCAAAUUGUUUCGAGUUCUGGUUAAUUCUCGAAUUAUUGUUCCUGGAAAUUUUACAGGCGCCUCGGGGACUCCGGCAAUUUCCUGUGCCGUUCGUCAAUCUAUGGGAUUUUUGUAUCCAUUAGAAAAAGGAUUUGUUUAUGUCCACAAACCAGCAUUAUAUAUUCGGUUUGAGGAGGUUGAUAAUGUUCAUUUUGCUCGUUCUGAUGUUUCUACACGUUCUUUUGAUUUUGAAAUUGUACAAAGAAGUGGAACAUCUAUUACUUUUAGUAAUAUUGGAAAGGAAGAAUAUAACAAAUUGUUUGAUUAUGUCCAAUCUAAAGGUUUAAAAAUUCGAAAUGCUCAACGUUUGGGUGAAAAAUCUUAUAAAGAAGACAAAUUUGCUGCUUCUAGUGAUGAAGAAUUGGAUCCAUAUAAAGAAAAAUUGAAGGAUGAUGCUAGGGAAAGAGCUGCAAAUUCUGAUUCAGAUUCGGAAGAUGAUUGGUUGGACUUGGGAAUAGAGUUGUUGGUUCUUGGAAAGUCUUCAGAUUCCGAAACCGAGCAGAGUAACCGAAUCGAAAAAUCAUCAGUUCUUCAGUCCGGUGGACCGACAACCUUAAGUGGGAGUUUAUAUCUAUUUUAUUUUUUUAUGUCAGAUUUUUGGUUUUCUUCAAAAGAUAGGACAAAACCUUUUAAAAUAUAA